AUGGUGGGUGAGCAAGAGCUUUCUGUGGGAGUGGCCCUGAGUUCCCUGGCCCCCAGAGAGGACUGGGAUUGGGGGUGGGGAAACGGCUUAGCAGCUGACGUGCAGCUGGGCCUGUGGCCUGGGAGGCAACCUCAAGGGUUGUUCCCCCCAGGCUUCAGGUCUGCAGCUGGCUUCUGCCUCCUCCAGUGGGCCAUGGCUGGGCCAUGGCUGCUGCUUCUCCUGGCCUUUGAGUGUCCAGCGCUGCCCACAGGGCCUGUUUCCUUCCCUUCCUUCCCGGAGGUAACCACUCUCCCAAGGCUGGCACAACAUGGUGUGUCUGGCACGCCCUUCCCUUCUCUGGCCCGACCUGUCACACUGAUGGUGGAUGGAAAGCAGCAGACACUGGUCAUCUGCCUGGUCCUUGAUGUCACACCCCCUGGCCUUGACAGCCCUAUAUGGUUCUCAGGAGGCAAUGGCAGCGUGCUGGAUGCCUUCACCUACAGUCUUUCCCCAGAAGCAGAUGGCACCUGGACUAGUUUGGCCCAGCUGUCCCUGCCCUCUGAGGAGUUGGCAGCCUGGGAACCUUUGGUCUGCCACACUGGGCCUGGACCUGGGGGCCAGAGCCAGAGCACACAGCCCCUACAGCUGUCAGGAGAGGCUUCCAGAGCCAGGACCUGCUUCCAGGAUCCUCUCAGGGGGGCUGGGACACUUGGCCAGGCCCUCCGGCUGGGGGCUCUUCGGCUGCUGCUGUUCAAGCUGCUGCUGUUUGAUGUGCUCCUGACCUGCAGCUGCCUCUUAAUGCAGCCCCCAGCUGCCACCACCUGCACUUGCGGAGGGACUUCAGGUUGUAAGCACACCCAGCCUGCCCAGCCCAUGCUGAACUGCCAUAUGGGUCAGGAGCACAGGAGCUCUGGCUGCCAGGAGGGGACUUUCUCACGGAGCCGGACCUGGCACUCACUCUGAGCCCUCAGUGUUCCUUCCUCAAGUCUUGGAGUUUUGUUUUGUUUUGUUUUCUUUUCUUUUUCUUUUUUAUGUGACCGCCUCCUCCUGUAGACUGGAGCUUUCCCAGGAUAAAGGCUGUGACUCUCAUCAGACAGAGCCCCUGAGGGUGGGGAUCUGCCCAGUCUCUGGAGCAUUUUGGGUACAGAUAACU